AUGGUCACCACAAGAACAAGAUCGCGCGCCAACAGUGCCACCGAUGCCAAUGGCCUCGCAGAUUCUUCAACUGCGGCUGGUGAGAAACGUAGCAUCGAAAAAGACGCUGCCGGGGGAUCCCCCGACGCCAAGCGUGCGAAGAAGUCGGAUGAUGAUUCCGCUCGUCAGACCACCAUUGACGAGGCCUUUGAGAAGAAGGACGACGCAGAAACCGGAAAGACCAAAGAAGAGACCGGAGCAAAGGAAGAUGCCGCCGACACGGAGAUGAAGGAUGGUGAAGAAGAGGCCACCAACGACUCGACGAAGCCAGAGGAGCCGACCAAGGAAGAAGAGGCCGCCAUGGCAGAAAAGGUGGAGGAGGUAGAGGAAGCAGAAAAGGAAGAUGGAAAGCAAAAUACUGAAGAAGCCACGACAGAGGAUAAGCCAGAAGCCAAGCCAAAGGACGGAGAGUCUGCAGAGAAGACGGGCGAGAAGAGCAAGGUCCCCUCUACCAUUCUAGAAAAGGGAAUCAUCUACUUUUUCUUCCGUGCCCGCGUCAACACCGACGGGGCCGAGGAAAUAGAUGAUAUCGCCCGCAGUUACAUGAUCCUCCGCCCCAUCGGUACAGACUCCAAGCUAGGCGACGGUCCCAUUGGCGACGCGGGCAACACGCGCCUGCUGGCCCUGCCGAAGAAGGUCUUUCCCGAGACCGACCGCGACAAGUUCAUGGUCUUUGUCGAAAAGGCAGGCGCCUCCUUUGCUGAGCUAAAGGAGGAGUUCCUCUCUGGUGCUGAUAACCAGACCAAGUCUGGCGUAUCGCAUGCGCCUGCUGCCACACCGGCUGGAGAGGGCGUCUACGUGAUCACCUCUACUGGAAGCGAUAGCCAUCUCGCGUACAUGCUUACCCUGCCGUCUGACCUUGGCGAGGUGCAGAAGGAGCUUGGACUCAAGGAGAAGGGGAGCUUCAUCUUGAGCACGAAGAAUCCUUACAAGAAGGGCCCUGCAAACGCUAGUCUCGAUCAGACUCCCGACUUCCCAGACAGUAUCAAGGACGACUUCCGCGACCUGCGGUGGACAAACACCAAGCCCGAGCAUCUCGACUACCCCUAUGCUCAAUUCCUCUUCAUUGGCCAGUCUGGAAUCGGGAACGCCGUCGAGCCAAAGUCCAAAGACGUCAAAGCUGGCAAGGAGAACCCAGAGGACGUUCUCGAGGAGAUUGCCGAAGAGGACGAAAAGCGCAUGGAGCACCUCUCUGGUGACGACUCGGCUUCCAUCUUUGCGGACCUACAGGCGCGGGCCAAGGACUAUCCGAAGCUACAGACUACCUUUUGA